CACGGGCAGAUCGCGUGAAAUUAACUUUGUAGCCACUGUCGCAUUCAAUCAAAGGGCUUUGUUUUCGCCCUUAGUAUGUCAUUGAUCCGUUCAGCAAGCGGCCCAGCAGGCGGUCUAAGCAUCAACACUGGUGCUGCUAACGCCUUCGGGACCGCCGCUUCUAAGCCCUCUGCCGCUGGUAGUCUCUUCGGUUCUUCUACAACCUCUACACCCACCGCCAACACAACAACAGCGCCAGGCGCAACAGGCACCAUGUCUCUCUUUGGCAACGCUGCGCAAAAGCCUGCAACAGGCGGUCUGUUUGGACAGUCGACGGCAGCGACAACAACUACGCCUGCAGCUGGCGGCGGUCUCUUUGGCGCUGCCGGCGCAACAAACACUCAACAGACCCAGAGCACAGGUACUGGGCUCUUUGGCAACACUGCUACCAACAACACCCAACAACAAGGAACCACAGCGCAACCUACAACGACCGGCACCAGCCUCUUUGGCCAAUCUACCCAAAAUCAAACUCAGCAGCCUCAACAAACAGGCACAGGUCUGUUCGGCCAAUCUACCGCAACAAAUACACAAAGCAACACAGGAGGGCUUUUUGGCCAAUCUCAGGCGAAGCCCGCUACAGGCACCAGUCUGUUUGGUCAAACACAGCCUCAGCAGAACAACACCCUUGGUCAAUCCACAAACCAAGUCUCAGCCGUUCAAAUCAACUACGACAGCAUCCGCCCCCGUACCCGCUUCGAUGACCUCGCUAAGCCCGUACAAGAUGAAAUUGCGUUGCUGGACUUGGGUAUCCAACGAGUUAUCAAGAUGCGAGACGAGAUUGGCGAGUUCAUGCCCCAGCACGAAAAGGAUAUUGAGCAACUGGGCUUAGACGUGAAGUUUGUCGAGUCAAAGUUUCGAACUGUUCAAGUUGCCCUCAACAACGAUAUUCAGACCGUCAAGGCUCUCCAGGAUCAAACCCGAAAGAACGCCGCCGAUGCCCGACUAUGCUUCCGAGGCGCCGAUAACCUCAAACUCCCGACACACUAUCACCAAACUGGUCUUUUCGCCAGCCAGGCUCCAGCUGCUGAUUCUGGAGGCGCAAAUGCUGCUUCGACACAUGCGGACGCCCAAGAUCUGAUCACCUACUUCAACCGUAUCUGUGACGAUAUUGAAAAGUACAAGGCUCGUCUCGAUGAGUACCGAGGUGAUAUUGAGCGAGAUAUGCCAGGUGUUGAGAACGGCCUUUAUGAGCAGAUCCGAGCUCUACGCGACCGCAGCGCAGGCAGCGUAGUCGUCCAGGAUCAACUGAACGAGGUUUUAUUGGCGCUCAGAGAUACGGGAAGCGCGAUUGUUUCCCAGGCUGGACAGAUUGCCGACACUCGAGAACGGCUAUCGCGCCUCCAGGCUGGAAUCGUGGACAGUGGAGUUUACGCCAUGGGCAUGAAUGCGUAGGAGACGGCGGCAUAAAUGAUAAGGAGGGAAUGUGCUGCGGUAAUAUCAGUCUGUUGGACAUUGCAAGAGUCCGUUUCAUGUUUGAAGAAAGGGCCAUAGAAGCAUUAUUUGGGCGAAGCGAAGGGGACGGGGUUCAACUGUAGCAGCAUAUUUAGUGAGGAUACAACCUUACGACGUGUAUGAAUAUUACUUGACAAAAGAAAAAGCUGCUGAUGCCAUGAGAAUUGAAGGGGAAAGGUUGAGGGAAAUCUGAGGAUACCAAAUUGUCCUGGCCAUUUUCAUGCUUUGAGCUUCACAGGGAUACGAGACCCCAACAUCACAGUGUUGAUACAAAUAUGUCAAGUUCAUUAUCUGCCACGACCACGAAGAUCGCGGACUUGGGUAUCAAACCAAUGCUGUGCUGUGAGA